AUGUCGGGCCAGGGAGACCAGUUGGACAAAAUGUCCACUUUGCUGGCAGAAGUGGCUGCUCAGCUAGAACAAGUGAAGCUGCAAGGAGCACGGCGUGAAGAGCAGCAUCAAGACCUUACUGAACGCAUGAGUCAGUUGGAAGCACGCAUGGAUGCCCCACAGUCUUCGGCUGCUGUGCUAAUUCCGACUCAGCUGCAGCCACAAUCCUUCACAGUUCCGCUAGCCCAGGGGGUAGACCUCAACGCCCCGGCUACAGUCGGGCAGUGCAUGGAGUUAGUGCAGAUGGCGAUGCAGCAGAAGGUCGCCCCAGCUCUCGGAGCAGUCUACUCCUCCCUGUCCACCUCACAGGUGAGGACAAACGAGCGAGUGGGCAACCUGGAGCAGCAGGUCCGGGCCCUUCGCAUCCGUACUGCAUGGGCUGAGAAGGACAUGCUCUUCUCACAGAUCGAGCAGGCCAAGCGCACCAUCGUAUGCCGCAAUUUCCCCACCUGGCAGACGGAGGCGGACCGCCGUCUCACAGUGGAAAAGGCCCUUGCGAAAGCUGGGCUGUGGAACAUUGAUGGUAUGUGGGAUCUGGCCACGACUCGGCUAGACACGGGCACGCCAGGCAAGCCGGAGCUCUCGGCCACAUCCAUCCUCACAGUCCCUUCCCUUACGAUCCGGAAACGGAUCCUGGAGGUAUCGGACAGGGUGUACCCUUGGUACUUCCACCAGGAGAAGAGCCCUGAAGGAACGGCUGAGAAGACCCCGGCGGCAUCCUCACAGGCAGCCGGGUCCAAAGAGGAAGCCCAGACCUAUGAGUAUAAGGGCGGCGGUCCUGUAAAGCUCUCUCCUGGAGUCACACAGUUUGAACGCCGGCUCGCUUCGCCGCUCCAGGGACUCAUGAACGCUUACAGGGCGGCCUUCAGCAAGUUCACCAAAGAGCCGUUGGUGCCGAGGUGGAAGACGCUGGCACUUGUUGACUCCAAAGAGGAACAUGCCAACAAGCUCUUGGAGACCUGGCGCAGCAUCUGGUAUGACCAAUUGCGACAGCAGGUCAACCAGACGACUGUCGAGCAGGAAGCUUUCGACAGUGCAGCUCGCCUCACAGCACACAACUAUGCUGAGGCCAAGAGACUUAGCAGACCGGAGUACAACGAAGGCGAAGAUGAAGGCCUAGACCAUUGGAUCGCCAGGUUCCGGUAUGAGUUCCCAUGGCCGGUGAAGUUUGUACAAGUCCCCCCGGACGCCGAGGAGAGGACGCACUUCACAGGCCUUCGGUCCACAGAGGAGCUCAUGGAAGAGAUGGCAGCCCAGGAGCAGGAGGCAGCCUUCACAGUGAACUCUGAGAGCGGAGGCGUGGGGGCAAUGAUCGACGUGACCUCCCAGAUGAAGCGCACCCACAGUGACGCAGCCUCCGCUGUCAGUGGAAUCAGCACGGCUAGCGUCCCGAGCUCGGGGCUUCCGCCUCCACAGCCCACCAAGGCCAGACCGAGCUACUACCCGUUUGGCUCACAGACGGAGCUAGAGGGAGCGGUCGAGGCAGCAAAGAUCGCCCACAUCAACAAUGGUGGGGUCCCGGGCGACUACUCACAGGAGGCCUGGGAGGCAUGGUGCAUCAAGCGCCAGUGA